AUGCCGACUCGCCAACACAACCAUCCACCGUCCGACCCAGCAGCGGAGCGCAAAGUGCGACAGGCCAUUGAGGAAGCGGCGUCGCGGAACACGCAGCUCCUGGGCGAGCUCGAGGCCACGGCCCACGCGCCGGGCCUGUUCAACAACAACCAGGUCAAGAUUGAGCAUGUCGAGAAGCGGCUGGCGGACCUCGAGCCCGAGGUGCAGGAGGCCAUUGCGGCGGCGAACCAGCAGCUCAAGCAGCACAAGAGCUACAGGGACUCGGUGGCCAAGAAGUUUGUCUACACCGUGCUGAAGAAGAAGAUGGCCUUUGAUGAAAAGGCUAUGCGGGAGGAGAAGGCGUAUCACGAGGUGCUGGAGAAGCGGCACAAGGCCGAGGCCAAGCUGAACGACCUCAAGGCCGAUAAAGCGGCGCUGGUGAUUGAGAUGAAGGAGCUGGAAGGGCUGGUGGAACGACACGGCGCCGCGCAUAAGGCGAUUGAUGCGCUUUACUCGAAAAUAUUCGAUGGUCCGACGGCGGGCUUUGCAGACGAGGACGAGCAGGAGGAGGCGCACAAGCUGGCCAAGCUGGCGCUUCAGGAGAGAACCGAGGCACUCAAGGCGGCCGUCCGAGGUGUCAAAGCCGCUCAAGCAGUCAAAGUAGCCGUCGAGCGAGCCCUGUUUGAGAAGCAACGCGCAAGCUUCGAGAAUCACUCAGACAUCUUCUCCCAGCGAAGCGUCCAUACGAUCCUAAAACGCUGCGUCGCUUACAUCAACCGCGGUCUCGAACUCAGCGACGAAGCCGUCGAGGCCAUCCAAGCAACUCCCGGACGGGACUUGACACAAGCCAAGAAGAAUCUCGACGGGCUCUUCAUCGCUGCCAGAGAGGCAGCGCAAGAACGAUACCACAGCAAGUCGCAAAACACCGAGCUGAUAGAAAGACUCGGAGCCACACUUGUCGACGCACUCGAUGCCCAGAAGAAGUACGUCGAGGCCAUGAAAAAGGUCAGCGAGUCGCGAAGAGAAUCAAUCCGAAGGACCGCAAGGGCACUGGAAGACGAGCGGCGAGCCCUGCAGCAGAUCCGACAGAGCGCCUUCGAGACGACCGUCGGCUUCGGUGCCGCGGCUCCUGCGUAUCACGAGUGCUGCGAUCGAGCUCCGGGCUUUGAGCACGAUUCUCACCAGCAGUCGGCGUCCAUCGUGGAGCCGGUUGUCAUGGAGCUUCCGGAGGAUGCGCCCCCUGAAUACAUGUAUUAUGAGGAUGGCAUAGCGAGGCCGAAGCAUAUGGAGGCAGAACCGGGACCGAAUCCCCAGCAUCGCGUGUCUCAGCUCGGUGGCGUGGUAACUCAGACGAAUCCCCAAGGUCUUCCCGAGGUUACCUAA